AUGGAAGCAAAUAAAAAAGCUUGUUUCGCUCAUACUCUCAACCUUAUAGUCCAAUCUGCAUUAAAAGAAAUAAAAGAUAUUACCACAAAAAUUAAACAAAUUGUCGAAUUAUUUCGUAGAAGUCCACUUGCAUCUGAGAGAUUAAAAAAUAUGCAAAAGAAGCUAGAUGAACCAGUAUUGAAAAUAAAACAAGACGUUUCCACACGCUGGAACUCCACGUGUGAUAUGUUCGAAAGGGUGUUAAAAAUUAAAAACAAUGUUAUGUCCGCAAUUGCUAUCGAUUAUCCCGAUACUAUAAAUAUGACUUCUGAAGACAUUGACGUUUUGGAUUCGGCAAUAGAAAUUCUUUCAUUUUUCAAAGAUGUAACUGAGGAGAUGAGUUCAGAAAAGAAUGUUACAAUAUCAGAGGUUAUACUUAUAUCAAACGCCCUCAAAAAGAAAUGCCUAAAAUUUUUAUCUACGCCACAUCCGGACUGUGUUUUACGAUUGACCCAAGUGCUUUUAAAUGAAAUUAGCACAAGGUUUUCGUGCAUUGAGGAGAAUAAUAUUUUUGCUGAAAGCACUAUAUUAGAUCCAAGAUUCAAAAAAUAUGGGUUUGAGAAUGAGUACGCUUACAGUAAAGCAUGUACAAAUAUCAAAGCCUUGGCCGGGUGA